GGCCGGACCGUUCUACAACGGCGCAGUCUUCACCCGCGGGCCUCACACGUCGUUCCUCUACAGCUAUGGCUCGGAGCCAGUUCACGAGGAAGGAGAUCGAGGGUCGCAACCACAGGGAGGAUGCCGCGUUCGUGAUUGAUAACGUGGUGUACGACGUGACGCAGUUUCUGCGGGAGCACCCUGGAGGCGCGGAGGCGCUGCUCGACAAUGCAGGUGCUGAUGCCACGCGCAGUUUCAGCGACGUGGGCCACAGUCACGACGCGCGUGCCCUCAUGCAAAAGUACGCUGUGGGGGAGCUGGUGGAGAGUGACCGCUGGCAAGUAGAGACCACAGACUCGACUGACUUCGGCGACAGCAGCGGUACAGCCGCCAGCCUGCUGGUAAUGCUGGGCCCGCCACUCGCGUUGGCUGCCGCCUCUAUAUUUCUCUACUCGUAUGUACUCUAGCUGUGUUUGCUAAGAAAGCUGUCCUUCAACAGUGUCAGAUGUGAGUUUGCGGCUAUGUACAAAAUUGCUACUUCAAAAUACUUACGUUACCCUUACGUUCAACUGUCUGUAUUUAUCAUUUCUAUGUGUUUACCAAUAUUAUCAUUAAUGAGUGAAUGAAGCUAUUUACUAAAUUGAUUUUUUGGUGGAAAGGAUGUAGAUACUUCCAUGAUAAUCCCACGGUUACUUACCAUACUUUUCCAAAGAAACCUUCAAAUUGAUUUGCGUGUAUUUUGUGUCUGUGUUUUCUAGUCAAGUUGUUCAGGUAUGAUACCUCUGGGACUCUUGAGACUCAUCUCACACUACUGACCUGAUGAUGGAAGCUUCAGGUGUCCUUAUCUGGAAAUGUGUUGUUAAGAACUUGUAUGUUUAGUUGAGUGAGUGGAAAUUAACUUAUCACAAACUUUGUACGUCACCUCACCUGUAUAUAAAUUAGUGUGUGUCCAACACAGUAAUUGUGUAGCGACAAAAUUUUUUUUUUAUUUAUUUUUGGAAUCAAAUACACUUAUAUAUUAAUUUAUUCUAUCAAUGGCCUCGUAGUUGUUAGAGUUUCAUGAAUGAAAUGAAGUGAAUGUUUGAAUGGGUGUCCGUUUAAUAUAUUCACUAUUACUUUGCUUGUCAGUAGAUUC